AUUUUUCAAAAUCCUCUACUUGAUAACUCUUUUAUUUUUAUUUCUUCGAUCUCAAACUACAGUUGUGGAUAUAUCGAUAACUAUAUCACAAAUGAUGAGCAUGGAGUUAUUUGGUUUACAGCCAAUUUUUAUGAUACUUCUGCAACUUGCUCUGUGUUGGACAGUUCCGGCAGCUAUUCUGGUGAACUGCGGGAAGAAGUCGAAAGGAAAGAAAAAAUACUCAGAUGAAACAGGAACAACUGGAGGAACUACUGGAGGUGAUGAUGAUGACGAUGAUGAGGAUGAUGAAAAGCGUCGUAAAAAGAAGAAAAACGAUGCGAUUGCGGCAAAAAAGAAAAAAGCAGCAGCCAAGGAAAAGGGAAAGAUUCCUGCCGGAGCUCCAAAGCCUCCGAAAAAUCGUGCUGCAAUUGCUGACACCCAUGAUCCCAACUACCAGACAUUGGCCGGAUUGAACGAUAACGUUUUUGAGCAAAAACAAGGCGGUGGUGGUGGUGGAGCUGCUCCAAAAGCUCCGGACGGAAAACCAGGAAUGGCCGGAACUCAUGAUCCUAACUAUCAAACUCUUGCCGGCUUGAAUGAUAAUGUUUUCGAUAAGAAAGGUGGUGGUGGAGCAGGACCACAGGCUCCAGCAGCAGGAGGUAAACCUGGAAUGGCUGCAACACACGAUCCAAACUAUCAGACUCUUGCUGGUUUGAAUAACAACGUGUUCGAUCAAAAAGGUGGUGUUGGUGGAGGUGGAGGAGGAGGAAAUGGUGCACCAGCUCCACCAAAAGCUCCUGCUCAACAUGGUGCUAAGGCUGCAACUCAUGACCCGAACUACCAAACCCUGGCUGGUCUCAAUCAAGAUGUUUUCGGUGCAGAUAAGAAGAAAGCUUAUUGAGAACUUGAAUCCGUCUAAUGAAUUAGUAGUUU